GGAAGGGCUCGAAGGCUGGACAAGACGCUGCGGAUAUGGAGUCCUGCGACGAAGUGAUACAGAAGUUGAGAGAUCACUCUGCCAGUAGGUCAUAAUCUCGAGCACUUUGGAGUUCUGCGGCGUUGAGGGAAGGGAUGACAGGCAACAGAAAGCCAUGUCGAUGAGAUUAUUGAUGUCUGCCCAGAUGGCAGGAGGAACGAGCAAUGCACGAAAUCUUCUCUGGUGUACUUACAAUCAGCUCAUACUGCCGCGCUUUAGCGUUCCAGGGUUGCUCCACGCAGCUCAUGUCCUUUUGACUCUGCUCAAUUUCCGGGAUAAUGCUUUCCAAAUCAUGCUCGCGCAGGUUCAAGCUCCUCAGCAAGGCAGCAUGAUCGACACGAUGGUUCAAGCGAACGCGCUGCUAUCACAAUCCAAGGUCAACGCACACGCAUCUGAAUAUGGUACUACGAUGAAUCAGCUCGUCGCCGGUUUGGGUGAGCUUGCAUUGGCCUGGACAUGAGACAAGGUGCCGUCUGCUUCGAUGCUUGCAUUGGUAGACAGGUCUCGAGGGUGGAGGAGACAUUUAAGAAUCUCUGCGCUGAGAUUCAUGCUGUUGCAGUAGGAUCCAAUUUCUCGGAGCCAUCAAUCCAAGCCUGUGCAAUGAUGAUGUCGGAUCAUGGUCAGUGAAAGACCCCGGCGUCGAUAGAGAGCUUUGGGCCCAGGCAGGCAGGCUGAUCAAAACCUCCUGUCGCAAUCGACCAAUCGCCACGGUGACGCGCGGGGCUGUGUAGCAGGCACUUUGCCGCAAGGUUUCUUACGUCGCUACGGUUGCUUACGGUAUGAGGUGUACUUGUUAAAUAAAUACCUUUGCUCCUCCUUCCUCC